CGUCUAUUUCCGGAAUUUUACUCGUCACAUCGAUGCCGCUCGACCUACACUCGGAUACAGAACAUUCUGUGUCCAUCACAGCAUCGCCCCCAACUUCCACAGCAAUCUACACUCUUGAAGAACUAGCUGAGUUACGAGUCAGUCUCAUCGGCAACAAGGAUCUCAAGUUCAAGAAGGUGGGCGAUGUGCGGUUUAUCCAGGCACUCGUCAGCGAUGUCCAAGCCCAAAUCUCCCAGAUUCUCAUGGCCAGUCUGGCACUGGCAGAUUCUCAUUCGCAUCCGUUGAACAACUUGGACUUUCUUGAACAAUUGGAAAAGAAGGCUGUCGUGGUCAACAUCUUGUGUUCAUUUAUUUCUGAGGUCAAUACAAACAAGCAUGAAAAUAUCACCACCUGCUUGCGUUCAUUGGAAGAAGUCGUAGCACCCAUCAUCCAACUCUUGAACUACUUCGUCGAUACUUUUAUCCCUUCGUUAGCAUCUACUUCAUCUUCUCCAACAUCUGGGUCAGCUGACCAAGAUAAACAAGACACUGACAAUAGAGACAUCAUCUCUAAGAUAGAGACCUUGAUGAAUUACUUCUUGGACAUCUUCUUGAACCUCGCCAACAUCCACAACCACAACAUCUCGUCGGAUCGGCUAUGGAAAUUUAUCAUCUGCUUACUUAUUGUAGGAGAGACAUCCGAACACUCUGUGGCCAAUUGGAAUCUUUUGACCAAGCUGUUGAAAUUGGUACCUAUUCUCUUGUCGAAUGCCCGAAUCGACUAUUCUUCUUCGAUCACGUCGAUCAUUACUCUUUUGACGGCAUUGUUGAAGAGAUUGUCAAGAGAAUGUGAUGUCAUCGUAGCGACCCAUUUUCCGCAGGUAGCCAACUCGCCUGAACUCCUACAUCAACUAGCAUUCGAAGAUUCUAACUUGCCCAAUAUUGAGCUCAACAGAAACAUCAUCAGAACUAACAUCAAUCCCUCGUUGCUCAACGGCUUGAUAACUUGCACGGCGCAAAUCUUCAGUUUCUUUAAGGCAAACGAUUACGACAUUCUCAUGGCUUCGCCAACAGGCUCGUCCGUGUCGUCGGUGGUCGUUUUAUCUAUAAGCGUCUAUCUUUCGUUGUUACUACUUGUUAAGUAUGAUGAUAGGUUCUUGAACCUUUCUGCAUUGAACUUGAUAUUUUUCUACCUAAACAACUUAAGGCCGUCUAAUGAGUUAAACGAUAACUUGAUCUACAAGAACUACACUAAGUUGUUCCCCAAAAUUAUCGAGAUGUUAGAAUUGGAUAAUGAAAUCUCCAAGAAAAACCUCUCUGACUCUAAGAAAAAAGAGUCAAAAAUUGCCUUGGAUCUUCCAAUGUACCUUUUCUCACCUGGAAGAAUCUUAGCUGAUCUAUGCGCUCAGUAUCCCUUGUUAAACGAUGAAAUCAAGGAUGCCAACAUAGACCUCAAUGUAGUCAAAAAUUUGGAGGCUAGCUUCAAGUUCAGCCAUUUGUUGAAGGUGUUGAGAGCUCUAAAGAAGAAUUCCAACCACGGAAAGGCGAUUGUGGACUUUACAGUCUUAUUGAGUACGCCGAGAGAUGACAGUGUUCUUGCAGAUUUAUUAUUGUUAUUGAGUGUAUACACUAGCUCCACGGAAGAUUAUCGUCACAGGGUAAUUAACUAUGCAUCUGAAAAUAGCAAACUGGUUUCGUUAUUGCCUCAGAUCAUUUUUGAAAUCAUAGACAACUACCAUUUCUUGUUGACCCAGAUUCAGUUGAAUUAUCGUUUGUUGUACCCUCGUAAAAGACGCUGUCUAGUGCCAAAGAAAGACUUGCCGUGGUUUGGUAGAAACCUCGGCAUAGUCAGAACUUUGCUCGACAGUUCUGUGUAUACAAACUGUUUCUAUUUGGUCAGAUCACUUUCGAGAUCUGUUUCUUCAUUGAGAACUUUCUUUGUAGAAUGCAACUCGAUCUCCAGCUUUGUUAGCGAAGAUGGUUGUAAGGACGUUGCUGGUGGAUUGAUUACAAACUUCUUGCAGAUUCUCAAAUGCUACGAAUCGUCAGACCAGAUUUCAGACUUCUUCAAUAAUUUGAACAAAAAUGUUGAUGUCAACGGUUCGUACUAUUUGAACAAGAGAGCAAAGAUGACCAACAAGGCGGCCUCCCUUGGAAUUUUGGCUAACUUCAUCUUGGACUUCAGUGCUCUUCGUUACAGUAUUGUGAAUUAUGACAAUUUCUUGCAGAGCCUUUCAGUCAUCUUUCAAAAUGCAUCGACUUCAGUCAAUGUUGGAAGUAAUAAUGAUAAAUUGACUGAUGAAGAUAUAUAUCAAAAGAAUGUGAUUCAGUUGAAUACAUUGCAUGUUGUCAAAAAUUUCAUGUUUAACGAAACCAACGAGAAUAAGAAGGAACUUUUGGAUUAUUUUCCCUUGAUUUUCUUAUUCCAGAAGACUGUGUAUGGUUUAUCGGAUUAUAAUCAAGAGGAUCCUAUUGAAAUUCGAAACUUGAAGUUGCAACAAAAGCUUGUUGCUUUUGGUAUUUUGAGAAAUUUCACAGCUGCAUCCCCAAGUUUCAAUGCUAUCUUGGCCAAUUCCUACGAACAGGAGUUUAUUAGCUUCGCACAGGACCCUAAUUUACCGGCCAAAUGGGCAGACUUCAUUGUUGCAACUAUUAAGAAUGUCAACAUAUUUACAGAUCUUCCAGGUUCCAUAGAACUCGAUGAUGAGUUCUUAACUGGUUUGAUUCUUAAUGACGAUUAUGUUGAUCUAGUAAGUGCCAUAAACUAUCUUGAAGACCAUAAGUACACAAGCAUAGAUAGGAUCAAGAAGUCACAAUUUCCUCGUGAUGUCUUAUUAAAGCUAUGGAUUCGCUUUUUAAGCUUGACUCCUCUGGAAACAUUCUUGCUGAAGUUGGAUUUAAACGAAAAGAUAAAUCUUUCUACGAAUUUAAACGAAAUCAAGUUGUCGAUUGUGUGGAUAAUCAUCAAUUUGACAUGGAAAUACUCUACAUAUGGCUUCGAUGUACGUGAGGGUGCAAACUACAAUUUGUUCGAUACUGUGGACGGCUAUAAUUUGAGACCAGGUAGUCUUCCUACAAGAAGAAUCAUGGUUGAGGACUCCGACGAUGAUGAUGCAAAUGAAAUUGCCGAACAAGAUAUUUCUAUGUCUAAUCUACCUGAUGAAUUGUCGGUUCGAGAUAGGGCGUUAUACUUGCAUCGGUUUGGAUUUUCGGAUGUAUUGAGUAGAUAUAUCGGCGAAAUAACCAAGAAAGGAAGUAUCGCUGUAGAAAAUAAACUUUCAAACAAUGACAAGCUGCCGGCGCCCAAGCGGUUUGACAUUCAAAAUAGUCAUGAUUUGCUAGAGAACUUGAAAAAGGCAAAUCACCAGAUCAUGACACUUUUGAGAGGAGGGGGACGUGUUACUAACAAACCCAGCGGGCGUGUCAGUGAUGCUGCGGUCUCUGUAGAGGUUUUUGAUGAGGUUUCUAGAAGAGUGAGACGUCCCAGCGGUGUUGUUAGCUCCGGAAGAAUUCAGCGUCCAGAUGUUAACCGAGGCGGAGAAGGCUUUGGCUAUGAUUCCGAUGACUACAAUGCUGGAGAGAGAGAAUCGCACAGUUCGGAUACGACCAGCGUCGACGACCAGGAGAUGGAGAAUGCAGAAAAUAGGGGUGAUGAUGAAGGGGAAGACGAA